CCCUCUUCCACUCAUCUCAUCACCCCUCUGAUCUUCGUACUCUCUUCUCUGAUCUUCAUACUCUCUCCCCCCAAUUCAUCAUGUCCGCAUACACCCCGCGUCCCGCCUCUGCUACACACUACACGCAUGCUGGCUACAACGCCAACACAAACGCCUUAGGGCUGUACCUCGGACAAGAGUCCAACGCGAGGGAUGUCCGACCUGCCCAUCAUCCCCGCACGAUCCCCCAUCACACCUACACCACCCAUCAGUAUCACCACAACACCUAUCCUUCCUUCCCCCAACAAGCCUCUCCUCCAUACUCCUCUUCCUCCUCCUCCUACUCCUACGCACCCUCCCAAAGCACAUCCUACACCCAGUCUUCCAUGCCCUUCCCAAAGCCGCCGUCGAACGGCAACUCCUACGCUCCGAGAGUACCACACCUUCCUACUAGCGCCAUGCAUCAUCCCACUCUUCCCACACCUCAACUUCCAAGCAACACUUCAGCAUACGCUGCUGCAGCACAGGGUGGUUGGGAAGACGAUGAGAACGAGGAGGACGAGGAAGAGCGGGUUCGUCGAUACAUCCCUCGUCCACCUAACGCACCACGAAUGCGGACUAUCCCCCUACCCGACGUCGAGUCCGUCGUAUAUGCACCACACCCUGGUGACUCAAGGCGGCGGGAGCUUUGAAGUUUGCUUGAGAAGGGGGAUGGGGGGGAAUUGGAGGGAAGCGU